AUGGCUUCAUCUUCUGAUGACGGCAGUGAUGCUGCUACGCUCAGAUUGACCAUUGUCGCUCUUGCAAUUUCGGUUGCGGCAAUGUUACUCUCCACGCUUCAAGCCUUGUUGGCCUAUUUACAAUUCGACAAUAGCGAAGUGGGUCGACGAAGAUGCGCCGCAGAGGUGAUGGGCAAACCAUGGGCUAGUAGAACUACAAGGAAAUUCAAAUGGCGAGAGUUUAGAUAUCAAGUCUUCUUUGAAGUCCCGGUGUUUUAUACAGCUGAGCCUGGGUAAUUAUACUUACCGAACACAUUGAAGAUUGCCAGUUUUGACAUUCGGUAGAGUUACUGUGGGCCCACUCAACAAAACGAAGCCUGAAGUGGCCUUCCUCGACCGCCUUUGGCAUAGGAAAAACCCCGCCCCAACUCAGUUGGAGAUCCCGCUCUUAUGGGGGUCGUUGAAGUCAAGAAACAUGUCCAUCCCAUCUAUAAAAUAA